CUCCCUCUUCCCUUUCCCCUCUUCUCUCUUUCCCAGUCUGCCGACCCGCAGCGCUGGUGCUCUUAGGACGGGAGCCUUAGUCUGACCUAUGAGGUGUGAAAUUUAACCGCUGAUGUUGCAGCCGUCUCCGCCUUUCUGCUAGGGGAUUUGGCCUAGUCUGCUACUCUGUGAUCUUUGGGGCUCAUCAGAGGUAAUCAGGAGUUUGGCCAGGCAAUACCUCAGGAUGAGCAUUGUGAAGAAGUGACCCCAAGUGGUCAGGAGAGCAGGAGCGACCCUCAUCGCAACCGCAUCACUCCACUUGAGAUAUUUCCCACCUCUAAGCAAAUAUGUCACUUUUUCUAAGUAAAAGAGAAAACGAUCAAGAGGAUAUGUUCAAUACGUCAUUUACUCUAGGCAAAGGAGAAAGUGAGAAGGGGAUGAUGUUAAAUAGGUCUCAUAAUCUAAGUAAACGAGAAAAUGAUCAGGAGGAAAAGUUUGAAGACGCCUAUGAAACCAUCCCUGUGGCAUCAACAAUGAAUCUAAUAUCUUCUUUAGAAGAAUGCACAACUGGGUUGUAUUUAUUUCUAAAUAACAGAUUCUCAGAUGCAAUAAAUCGCAUUUAUCCAUGGUCUAAAAACAGCAUAUACCAUGCCCUAAUGUAUGGUAUCCUUAUGGUUGUCAAGGCCAUCCUGACUUUCGAUCCAGAAGAUAUACAGAUUGGAAUGAACGCUGCAAAGGAUGCUUUAAGAACCUGUAGCAACUUCCGGAGAAAGCCUAGGAUAAUGACUUUAUCUCGUGUAGUGAGUAGACAGGGAAUAAAGGCUAUCAAAGAGGAGGAAUUACAUGCGGAAGUGUGCUAUGCUGAGUGUCUGAUCUUGAAAUCAUCCAUCACGUUCAUACAAGAUGACAGCAUGCUUGGCUUUCUUAAAAGCGGGAUCAACGUUGGGUCAAGUUACCAAAUAUAUAAAGACUGUCAACAAGUAUUAACGUACAUAUAUAGCGACCACAGCAAAGCUCACAGACACCUGGUAGGAGGGAUAAAAUUUGGACUCGGAGCGUUCAAUCUGAUGUUAUCACUUGUGCCACCAAAGACACUUAAACUUCUCAAUAUCGUUGGAUAUUCUGGUGAUAGAGACGUAGGCUUGGCUUUGCUUCAUGAGAGUGCAUCUGAAACCCAUAUAAAUAAUAUCUUAAGUGUUUUCACUCUACUCUUUUAUUACAAUUAUAUCUACGUGGCUUUUGGUGUUGAAAACAUUUCCAGUUCUGCUACAGAGGGCCUCUUCCUAGUUUACCUCCAGAAAUUUCCAAACUGUGUCAUACUUAAAUUUUUUUAUGCACGUUAUAAUAUGCUGAAAGGAAAUUUUGAACAUGCGAAGUUAAAAUUUCAUGAGUGCAUUUUUACUCAGAAUGAAUGGAAGCAAGUUCAUCAUCUCUGUUACUGGGAACUCAUGUGGUGCCACAUUUUUCUGCAGGAUUGGAAGCAUGCUUACCACUAUGCCAACCUACUGUCUCUACACAGCAGGUGGUCUAAGGCCAUAUAUGUGUACAGUAAAGCGAUAACACUGGCCUUGCUUCCUUCUGGUUUUGUGAAGUCAGUAAACGAGGACAUCAGCUCUCUCUUCUUAAAAGUGGAUAGCUUGAGAAUCAAAAUUUUAGGCACUCCCAUACCAAUAGAAAAGUUUGUUGCUGAGAAGGGGCAGCGCUAUGGUACUACGACAGGCUGGUUUACAGCACAGCCCCUUCUGGAAUUUAUUUAUGCCUGGAGUGGUUUCCGAGUCAUGAGCAAAAAAAUAGAACUCAUUUCAAGCUGGUUAGCGAUAAUUGACAAAGGGAAAGACCUUUUACAAGAAAAUCCAAAUGAAGAGUAUGGCACGGAUGACGUAAGUUUGUUAAAUCUGCUGAAAGGUCUGUGUCUGAAACACUUAGGCAAAUAUGCCAAGGCUGAACACUACUUUAAUCGUGUCAUCCAAAAGGAGAAAUUGUUAAAAUAUGACCACUAUCUGGUUCCAUAUACUUAUUAUGAACUGGGAAUUCUGCACUAUCUAAAAGGAGAUUUUGCCAGUGCAACAAGAAACCUAGACAACAUAAAAAACUACAAGGACUAUUCCAUGGAAGCUCGAUUACAGUUUAGGGCUCAUAUAGCCCUUGAACAAAUAGCUAAAGAAAAGUGAUUUAAACACAAAGCGUGAUUUUGUUUAGUGUGAACAAAACAUCUACAGUCAGCAAGGUGAUUAGCAGGUAGAAAAAUCAAUUCUUUGUGGGAAAAAAAUCCAAGAAGCAGCUGUUAAGAAUCUAAUCAGCAACAAAUAAGAGAAGAAUUGGUCAUUACUUUUCCCUUUCCUCUUCAUACCUAUAAAACGAAAGGUCUCGGACUGACAAAUGAAGUGACGCACAUUCUUAACUUCUUUG